AUGGAGCUCCGCGCAAUAACUUCGAACAACAACGAUCUGCGGCUUUCCGAGUUAACGACGGCGAGACAUCAUGCGAAACAGGACGGAUUUUACGGCACUACGGCCGACAAGUCUGAUAUGAAGCAGCUGGGGAUAACGCAACAACUUUCCCGCUGCCUUAGCCCAUCCUCGGUGGGCUGCUUCGUCACUAAUAUCAUUAUUGUGUUUGAAUUUGUUCUCGUAAAUCUCGAGUUCUACCUAUUGAAUGGAGGCCGACGUAUGCUUUUCUUGGGUCCAUUCAUGAUGAUGUUCGUUGUAACGAUUAUGUACUACCCGAUUGCCCAGCUGAUUGAGCGAGGAACGACGUCUGGCGGACAAUUCGAAUGGGUCUCGCUCCUAGUCCCUCGCUGUCGACUUCUCAGCUACUGUGUGGGUUGGCUGGGAGUAAUAGGCUGGCAGGCUUUCUUUGCCGCUAUAUGCUACGGCACUGCGACGAUGCUGCAGGGUUUAUGGGCGCUUCACCAUCCUCAGCACGAGCUUGAGUCGUGGGUUGGCGUGAUGUUGACUCUGUUGGUUAUCGCCGUCGUCUGCUUUGUCAACUACCUUAGCCCCAAGUGGUUGAGUAAGCUGGAGCUCAUCUGCGCCUUUAUUCGUGUCGGCAACGUCGCCCUCAUUCUGGCGAUUCUAUGGCUCUCUCGACCACGAUCAACGUUUGAAGAAGUGAUGACCUCGUCGGGCUCUGGAGGAUGGCAGAAUGAUGUCGUAAGGAUGCUAGUCGGCUUUCCCUUAUGCUUUUCAGCAUUCCUCGGGUUCGACAGCAUGGCGCACUUUAGUGAGGAAACAGUUGACGCCCGGAAAUACCUAUCCAAAUACCUAAUCGGCUUCUUGAUGCUCAACUGGUUUCUCUUUGCCGCUGUUAGCAUCACCCUAGCAUUUACACUCGGCAACAUCGACAGCCUGUUAGCUACAAACACAGGCUACCCCUACAUCGAGCUUGUUCGCCAGGCGUUCGAAACUAUGCAUCCUCGGGCUGCCCUAGGAGGAACAACGGUGAUCGUUGCGUUCAUCAUCGUUGCGAACUUUGCAGCAGCUUUGUCCGCAGGCACGACGGCUUGCCGGCAAGUUUGGUCCUUCGCCCGUUCAGGUGGGCUCCCAUUCAAGGCUCUGAAGAACGUCUCUCAAGCACCACCUGUUCCGUCGGCUGGGCAUACAAGAGUCCAACAAUGGAAAGAUCCACUACCUAUCAACGCCCUUUGGGUUGUGGUCGUCGUCUCUGCACUGCUUGCCCUUGUCGGUCUCGGCUCCUCCGUUGCUCUGAACGCCUACAACAGUCUUGCUGGUCUUGCCUUGAUCUUAUCGUAUAUCAUCUGCCAGGGCGCUCUUUUUAUAUAUCCACAGAACCUGCCGGCUCCUCCAAACGCCUUUAUUCGUUGGCACCUAUGGGGAAUUCCUUGCUUGCUGGCCAUGGUCACUGGCACUUUCUUACUGGUGAUACUUCCUGUCACGCCGCAUCCUAGCGCUGCCUCUUUCCCGUGGCAAACAGUGAUAUUUCUGGGCUGGUGGUUUGCAAUCGGCGGGUUUUGGGUAUAUCACGGCAAUAAGCACUAUACUGGGAUCAAAAGUACUAGGGAGAGCGGCGGGAUGCAGAGAUGCUAA